CCCCGGCUCCAUUAGCAAUAUUUCACUCCCCUGUCUGGGCUACGAAGCCGACAACGACCACCACGGCACCACCGCUUCUUCCUCGCGCUUCCGAUGGGAUCAGCUGCGUCGCCUUGAGCUGUUGAUCUGAUAUUCUGAUGUCCCAUCACUUCUAUUACCUCCUUGGACUCUUCAAUCAGGCCGAGAUCCCGCUGAUGUCAAAGAAGGUGAUUACGAGAGAGGAAUGGGAGCGGAAGCUUAAGGAGGUGAAGAUUAGGAAGGAGGAUAUGAAUAAGCUUGUCAUGAACUUCCUCGUUACCGAAGGAUAUGUGGAGGCCGCCGAGAAGUUCCGCAUUGAAUCCGGCACCGAGCCGGAUAUUGACCUCGGCACGAUAACUGAUCGCAUGGCUGUGAAGCAGGCUUUGCAAUCUGGCAACGUCGAGGAUGCUAUCGAGAAGGUUAAUGAUUUGAACCCCACGAUUCUAGAUACCAACCCUCAACUGUAUUUCCAUCUACAACAGCAGAGAUUGAUUGAGCUGAUUCGCAGUGGAAAGAUAGAGGAGGCUCUAGAGUUUGCCCAAGAGGAGCUUGCACCAAGAGGAGAAGAAAAUCAAAGUUUCCUAGAAGAGUUGGAGAAGACAGUAUCUCUCUUGGUAUUUGAAGAUGCAAAGAAUUGUCCUUACGGCGACCUUCUAGAUGUGUCGCAACGCCUGAAAACUGCAAGCGAGCUUAAUGCUGCCAUAUUGACAAGCCAAAGUCAUGAGAAAGAUCCAAAGCUUCCAAGCAUGCUCAAGAUGCUGAUAUGGGCUCAGAAUCAGCUGGACGAGAAGGCAGUUUACCCAAAAAUCAACAACCUAACUGCAGCGGCACUCGAAGACCCAGAAAUCUGAAUUAUCUAUAGCCUAUCUCGCAUGCAUGCAUCUCAUCCUCGUACGAAAGCCUGCAGCUUGCAUGUAUGGGCAAUAAGAAAGUUUAGCUUGUGACUCGUAGAUGUAUCGAUUAGCAUAGUAAUUGUUCAUCGACUGUACACAGUCCAGCCAUUCCUGUUAUUUUCUUCAUUUUUGUUUGCCAUAAGCUCUUCUGGGUUGUUCCACA